UGAGGGAGGUGGGCGGAGCGACGCGCCGCACAAGGGUGGACGUCCUUUCUCUUUCCCACCGCGCAGGUGGUGUGUGUUGCUGACCUUUUAGGGUUCCCGGUUGCGCUUCAGUCUCUUCUUUCGUGCUCUAACUUGCAUUGGUCGGUGGACUCGAGGGAAGGACGCAGAAGCCGAGGAAACCUCGCAAUGGACUUGCUGGCCAUUGAGGAUGUGGCCGUGAACUUCACUCUAGAGGAAUGGGCUUUACUAGAUCCUUCACAGAAGAAACUCUACAGAGAUGUGAUGGAGGAAACCUUUAGGAACCUGGCCUCACUAGGAAAAACAUGGGAAGAUCACGACAUUGGAGAUCAGUACAAAAACCAGGGGAGAAAACUAAGAAGUCAUUUGGAAGAGGGAUUCUCUGAGUAUAAAGACAAUAGUCUGUGUGGAGAAAACUUCAGCCUUGUUCCAAAUCUCAAUCUGGACAAGAAAACUCCUGGGUUAAAGCAAUGGGGAUGCAGUGCAUGUGGAAUAGUCUUCAUGGAUCGCUCAUCCCUUAAAAGACACACGAGACAUCACAGUGAACACAAACUGGAAGAGUUUCAAAACUGUGGUGACAAGUUGUAUAAAUGUAAGCACUGUGAUAAAGCCUUUAAUCAUUACACUUCCUUCCUAAUGCACAAAAGAUGCCACACUGGAAAGAAACUGUAUGAAUGUAAAACAUGUUCUAAAGCAUUGAGUUCUCCCAGUUCUCUUCGAGAUCAUCAAAGAACCCACACUUUAGUAAAACCCUAUGAGUGUAAGGAAUGUGGGGAAGCCUUCACAUGGCUCAUAACCUUUCAAAAACACAUGAUAACACACACUGGAGAUGGACCUUAUAAAUGUAAGGAAUGUGAGAAAAUAUUCAUUAAUCCCAGUUCUCUUAAAAUACAUGAAAGGAGUCACACUGGAGAGAAACCCUAUCAAUGUAAACAAUGUGGCAAAGCCUUCAGUUAUUACUACUCCUUACAAGCACAUGGAAGAACUCACACUGGAGAGAAACCUUAUGAAUGUAAACAGUGUGGAAAAGCCUUUAGACGUCAUGAAAGUGUUCAAAUACAUGAGAGAAUUCACACGGGAGAGAAACCUUAUCAGUGUCAACACUGUGAGAAAGCCUUCAGAUAUCACAUUUCUCUUCAAAAGCAUGAAAGGAUUCACACUAGAGCGAAACCAUAUGAGUGUAAAAUAUGUUCUAAAGCAUUUAGUUUCCCCAAAUAUCUUCAAAAACAUGAAAGGUUGCAUGCUGAAGAAAAACGCUAUGAAUGUAAAAUUUGUGGGAAAACCUUCACUUCCUCUUAUAUUCAAGUGCAUGAAAGAACUCACACUGGAGAGAAGCCCUAUGAGUGUCAGGAAUGUGGGAAAGCCUACGUUUGUCUCUCAAGCAUUCGAAGACACAUGAGACUGCACACUGAACAGAAACUGUAUAUAUGUAAAGAAUGUGGGAAGGGCUUCUCUGAUCUCAGUACUUUACGAAAGCAUGAAAGGACUCACUAGAUAAAACCUCUUGGUUUUAUUUAUUUUGGCCGUGCCUGUGGCAUGGGGAAUUUCCUGUGCCAGGGAUGGAACCUGCAUCACAGCAGCAACGCAAGCCACAGCAAUGACAACACCAGAUCCUUAACCCACUGAGCCCCCCAGGGAACUCCAGAGAUUCUUAUUUGUAAACUCUUGGGAAAGACAUCAGUUGGCCCACAUCCUUAGAUGUGAAAACUCCCAUGGAGGAGCAGUGUAAAUGUAAGUAGCACUAGAUAACUUGAUGGAAAGUAAUCUCUGCAUAAUGUUCCAGAAAAACCUUCAAUAUGGAAAAGUUGUUUUAAAAGUUUAUAAAUAUAUUGUAUUUACUAAAGAUUUUUCUGUCUUUUUUUUUUUUUUUUUUUCUGGCUGUGCCUGUAGCAUGCAGAAGUUCUCAAGCCAGGGACCAAGCCCAUGCCAUAGCAGCGACCAGAGCCACUACAGUGACAGCAUUAGACUAAGGAUCUUUCUUAAAGUGUAUUCUUGGAUCAUGGAGUUCUACUAUUUUCAGAAAUGAGUAUUAAUUUGUGUUAAUUCUGUAAGUUGUCUUUCAACAAUAGUUCAUAAGGUUAAAAGUUGGUGGUUUUUCAUUUAAUCAAAUGAUGAUUUUUUUUUUCUUUUCAUUUUGAAGUCUUUUGGAUCUAUGGGUGAAUUAAAGUUCCUUCCUUCCUCCCUUCCUUCCUUCCUUCCUUCCUUCCUUCCUUCUAGUUCCUGGGCCAGGGAUUGAACCCUCACCACAGCAACAACCUGAGUUGCUACAGUGACAACACUGGAUCCUUAACCCACCGCGUCACAGGGGAACUCCUAAAGUAUAUUUCUAAUGUGUAGUUAGGCUUAAACUUUUAUAAUAUUCUGUUCUUUUUGAAAGGGCCAUUGGAAAAUAGCAAUUUGGUAUUUGUUGGAAUUUUCCUAUUGGCCUUUGGGUGGCAGGUCCCAGAUGUCCCUAAUCUGUGACAUAUAUUGUACUGUUUUUACAGAGAAAGAUCCUUUUUUGGAGGUGGUGGGUUUUUCCAUUUUCCAUUCUAUUAAACACUUAGAAUGAAUUUUUGUGUAUGGUAGAGUUGUCUUGAGUACACUUUUGUUAAUUGUGAUUUUCCGGUUUGCUUUUUGUCUUCCCUUCUGACUGGUAUUUGGUGAAUAGAAUUUAAAUUAGGAAAAGAGACUGGUGGGAGUUCCCACUGUGGCUCAGUGGGAUCAGUGGUGGGUCUCUAGUGCUGGGACGCAAGUUUGAUCCCUGGUCUGGCACAGAUGUUUACCCUGGCACAGUGGGGUAAGGAUCUGGCAGUGCCACAGCUGCUGUGUAGAUCACAAAUUGCAACUCACAUCUGAUCCCUGGCCUGGGAACCCCAUAUACCUGGCACCCCCCAAAAAAAAGAAAGAAAUGAGACUUGUGAUGGCACAAAAAAUGUAGAUUUGGGAUAUCUUGUCUGUGAUUAAUGUUAGCUUCUAGAUUUUCCAGAGUCCACACCCUUCAUGAUUCUGUGUUAGAAUUCAUCAGUUGCAUCACUUGAACCGGAUUAAAAGGCAGUACAAAGAAUAAAUUCUUCAGAAUGUAUGUGUUUGGAUCCACCACACUGGGAGAGGGACAGGUGCAUAGGAGGUUUGAGGACACAGUCUUUCAGCUUCUUUUCCAGAUUCUGUGCCCUUGUAGUCAAAAGUAUCCUCAACACCACCAACAAAUGUUUGACACGCACUUUCUUAGAAGUGUAGUUUUCCCCUGAUAGCUUCACAAAUUCAACAUCAAAAUCUGUCAGAAUUUUUUGAGUUUUUCUAUAAUACCUCCCGUUGGAAAGUCAUUCAGAUUUUCAUGGUUGGGAGUAUUGUCUAAUUACCAUCUUCUGCAGGUUAUAUGAUGUCCAGUAUAUAUAGGAAACACCUUUAACAAUUAACAGCGCUAGUGAGUAUGUUUCCCUGGUUUACCAUGAAAUUCACAAUGGUGCAGCCAAAAAGAAUGACAUGGGGAGAUCUCUUGUGACGCAACUAGUUAAGGAUCUGGCAUUGGCAUUGUCACUGCAUUGGCUUGGGUUCGUGUUCUGGCGCAGGUAUGAUCCCUGGCCUCGGAACUUCCACAUGGGUGUGGGAUUAAAAAAAAAAAAAAUGACAUGGGAGUUUGUUUCUCUGGUGUAUUGGGCAGUGGCUGCCUUGACCCAUUGUUUCCAUAUGAUAAUAAGCUGCUUCUUCAUAGCAGGAAGACUGUGUUUCCUGUUGCUUGGCAGAAUAUAAUCCCUAAAUAUGCUUUCAAUUAUGUUUGCUUGUAUGUGAUUAAAAGUAUGUUCAUUUAAAAAAAAA